AUGUUUCGACCCGCGGUAGCCCGGUCAACGCUGCGCUCCGUAGCUCGCUCGUCCUCCGUUACCUUCGCUCCCGUGCCCAGAAGUACGUAUGGAGUACGGUUCGCCAGUACAUCACCCGCGAAAGCGCGACGGAGUUGGAAGAGCACGGCGUUGAGAUGGGGGAUUGCCAUUGCGGGCAUUUACUAUUAUAACACGAGCCCGGUCUUCGCGGAGCAGCCGCAACAUAAUCUAUUAAACCCAAACUUGGAUGCCGUUGAAGAUGAACGAAGGGAUCAUUCGACACUGGAAGCUCUCACGUCCCGGCGCGCCCCAGAAGCCGACGAGAACGCCGCCGCCCUCCAUUCCGCUAUCGACUCGAUAUCGUCCGAAAAUGCGUCCACGACUGUCGUUACCGACGACGGGCCAUUUACACCUGGCACCGCCGAAGGUCUAGAAGAAGAGGCGGCCGGCGAAGGCGCUUUUAACCCCGAGACGGGCGAGAUCAACUGGGACUGCCCGUGCCUGGGCGGCAUGGCGCAUGGGCCCUGCGGACCCGAGUUCCGCGAGGCCUUUUCGUGUUUCGUGUUUUCAAAAGAGGAACCCAAGGGGAUGGACUGCAUAGACAAAUUCCAGAACAUGCAGCAGUGUUUCCAGAGAUACCCGGAAAUCUACAAGGGCGAACUGGAGGACGAUGAAGAGCUGGAUGCUAGCCUCGAGGUGGAGAAGCAGGAGUUGGUCAACGAGAUCGCCGAGAGGAAAAAGCAACACGAGGGAUCCUCCGGGGCACAGCAGCGCAGGUUGCUCGAGGAGCCUGAUCCAGCGCCUAGGCCCGCACGAACGACGAAGAAAGUGGAAUCGGGAUUGGAAUCGCAUGAGCAACCGCAGCCGCAGUCACAGUCUGAGCGACAACACCUCCAAAGCCAACAACCCCCGGCGCCAGAGGGCAAGGUCAAAGUGAGUGACGACCCUUCUCACUCUUCAACUAUGUCACCCGAGCGAGAGAACAUCACAGAGGGACAAAAAUCAAGAGUGACAAAAGAACCGAAGCUGUCAUCUUCCGCCGCGACAGAAGAGACGUACAAUCCCGAAGCAGAUAUCGUGCCCAAGGCGGCGCACGAUGCUACGGACAAUACUACGGGGAGGGCAGAAAAAUGA